AAGGGGCUGAUAACAUUCCAGGAAGUGUAACGUGGGAAGGGAAGGAGGAAAACACCAUAUAUCUGAAGUGGCCGGAGCCGGUUAACCCCAAUGGGUUGGUUUUGAUGUAUGAAAUCAAAUAUGGACAAAAUGGAGAGCAGCAGACUACGGAAAUUUCUUGCAUCUGAUCAUUGUGCUGCCCAUUGCAGUCCUGCUGAUCAUCGGUGGGCUCCUCAUCAUGCUUUACGUCUGCAACAAGAAGAGGAACAGCGAUAGGCUUGGAAACGGAGUGCUUUAUGCUUCUGUGAAUCCUGAAUAUUUCAGCGCUUCAGAUGUGUACGUGCCAGAUGAGUGGGAAGUGCCCAGAGAAAAGAUUACGAUGUGCCGGGAACUUGGACAAGGCUCCUUCGGCAUGGUCUACGAGGGAGUAGCCAAAGGGGUUGUGAAAGACGAGCCAGAAACCAGGGUGGCCAUCAAGACCGUCAACGAAUCGGCAAGCAUGAGGGAGCGGAUCGAGUUUCUAAACGAAGCUUCGGUGAUGAAGGAGUUCAACUGCCACCACGUUGUUCGGCUCCUUGGCGUUGUCUCUCAAGGUCAGCCCACUUUAGUCAUCAUGGAACUCAUGACCCGUGGAGAUCUGAAGAGCUACUUGCGGUCUCUCCGCCCAGACACGGAAAACAACCCUGUUCAGAAUCCUCCACCUUUAAAGAAGAUGAUUCAGAUGGCUGGAGAGAUUGCAGAUGGCAUGGCUUAUCUCAACGCCAACAAGUUUGUUCACAGAGAUCUAGCUGCCAGGAACUGCAUGGUGGCAGAGGACUUCACUGUGAAGAUCGGAGAUUUUGGCAUGACGAGGGAUAUCUACGAGACUGAUUACUACCGGAAAGGUGGAAAGGGACUUUUGCCGGUCCGCUGGAUGUCCCCAGAAUCGCUGAAGGACGGCGUGUUCACCACCCACUCGGAUGUCUGGUCUUUCGGUGUUGUUUUGUGGGAAAUUGCCACCUUAGCAGAACAGCCUUACCAAGGCAUGUCCAAUGAACAAGUUCUACGUUUUGUGAUGGAGGGAGGCCUCCUGGAAAAGCCGGACAACUGCCCAGACAUGCUCUUCGAACUGAUGCGCAUGUGCUGGCAGUACAACCCCAAGAUGCGCCCUUCUUUCCUGGAGAUCAUUGGCAGCAUCAAGGACGAGCUGGACCCAGCCUUCAAAGAGGUCUCCUUCUUCUACAGCGACGAGAACAAGCCUCCCGACACGGAGGAGCUUGACCUGGAGACAGAGAACAUGGAGAGCAUUCCUUUAGACCCUUCCUCUACCCUCCAGCCUUCUGACAAACACUCAGGACACAAAGCCGAGAAUGGCCCAGGCGUCAUGGUCCUCCGGGCCAGCUUUGAGGAGAGGCAGUCCUACGCCCACAUGAACGGGGGACGCAAGAACGAACGGGCCUUGCCUUUACCCCAGUCUUCAGCCUGCUGACCUUGAGAAAACAGGUUAUUGGGUUUUUUUUCUUUUGUUUUCGAUUUUUUUUGUUUUUUGUUUGCAAAUGCAGAAAUAAUGCGGCUCGUGCAUCUGAAGGGGUUGAGCUGGGAGGAAGGAGAGAGAGAGAGAGAGCGCAAGCGAGAAAAUAACAAUAUAUUCAAAAGCCGACUGUACCUCAGUGGAUCUUCAAGAACUGUCAUUAACUGCACACAGGAGAAUCCUACUCUUCGAUUUCGUAGUCGAAAUGACACUUGUUUUUUUUUUUUCCUCUUUUUUGUUUUGUUUCAAUAUGCAAGCAGGAGAUCGUUUCGAGCAACAGAACUCUCCGUACAUGUGGGGCAAAGUCAGCCUUCUUAAAAGUCAGGAGGCACAGUCCGCCUUCUAAAAACUUUGAAUAUUAACACUUAAUAGCAACAGAAAAAAGACAAACAAACUUGAGAAAUCUGAUGUGUGUCUCCAUUUUCCUCCUCUCCUUUCUUUCUGCUUCAUGAUGGGAAACAUGUCUGUAUUCAACUCGAUGACACUAUUUUUUUUCCUGUUUCUUAAAAUUUUACAUCCGAGAAAACGACUGGCCAAUCAGCUCUCCUACUUCCCUUCCCUGCCUGGGUUGUUACAAAAGAGAGAGAAAGAGAGAGAGAGAGAAAAAGACUGUUUUUUUUUUUUACUAUAUGAUUCCUUAAAACUUUCUAGGAUCACACAAAAGACGGAAGGGUCAUAACUUUUUCCAGCGCUGCCAAACUUUGCCAAAAAAAAAAAAGAGAGAGAGAGAGAUAUAAUUUUCUUUUAGGGAUUUUCCUUGUUUUUGUUUUAUUUCGUUUUGGGGUUUUUUUUCAUUACACGCCCCGUUGAAACAAAAUACAGACCAAUUACACUCCCAUAUCUAUCGUACACUGGCAUUUUUAGAAAAGCUUAACAAAAAAAAUUAUUAUUAUUAUUUUUUGACUGGACAAAAGAAAAAAGCUGUUCUCUUUUUUUUUUUUUAAUAAAAAAGAAACACGGUGGAGAACAUAAGGGAUGGGGUUGAGUUAGCAACCCUGCCCGCUCCUCCUGGAUACAACUGGCAUUGAGGAUCAGAGCAACGAAGGAGGGAAAAACCUGGCCGUCCCAGAAUGGAAAUGCAGACAGACAAAACAGGAAGCAUUGCCAUGAGUUGUUUCUUCUGGACUUUGGCAGGCUUGCAAGGGGGGGAAAAGUUAAAUGAAAAAAAAAAAAAAAACCUUAGAGAAACACUAAAAAAAAAAA